ACGUUCCAUCCGGUCCGUGGAAGUUACAGGCGAGGCAGAGAGAGAGAGAGGCGCGCCGUGAAAGCCCCAGUCCAAUCCCCUCAUCAUCCUCGCAUGGAGCAAAUGGUGCGUGGAGCGUCAAGACGUCGUUAGGAAGAGAGAAAGAGAGUUCCAAGUUCCACUUCUAGAGCGCAGGGACAUUUGGUUCCAAAAUUCGUUGCGGGACAAAAGAGGCCAUUUCUCUAAAAUGAUGAGCAAAGUUGACGCGUCAUGCAAGCCGACUGCCGCGUCUCUCAAAUUCACCAUAGACAAUAUUCUGAACCUGCAGACAUACUCGAGCGGUAACAACGGUAGGAAGACAGUUGACAGCUGUCAUUCCGGUAGCAGGCUACAGAAUAGCACGGGACUGUACUGGUUCGAUGACCAUCAACGGAGAAUGGACCCCGCGACAAGGCUACACGAUGCAGAGGCGGAUAACGACUGUAGCCCAACCCUGGGACCCAACGCCGUCGCUAUCACCCGGGAAGACUCGUUACAGAUCACCGACAAUUGCUUCGAAAGCGGGGACAGCGGCGACGACUGCUCCUCGACGCAUCACACCGGAGACGGUGAUAGCAACGGCAAGAAAAAACAACUGUUAGUAAUAACCAAGAAAAAAACUCGCACAAUCUUCUCCAAGAGACAGAUCUUUCAGUUGGAAUCUACUUUCGAUAUGAAGCGGUACCUUAGCAGCGCCGAGCGCGCCUGCCUCGCCAGUUCUCUCCAGUUAACGGAAACGCAGGUCAAAAUCUGGUUCCAGAACCGAAGGAAUAAAUUGAAAAGACAGAUUUCAACAGCGCUAGAUGGUCCCAACGGUGAUUUCUCCGACGCGGGUCCGGGGAAGGCUCUGCAGCUCCCGGCCUUGUACAAAGACAAUAACCUGCUGGGGAGAUGCUUGAUGCCGAUGCCCCUGCCCAUCGUAUACCCUGGCAGUAGCACGCAUUAUUUAUGUUUUUCCAAUGCCAGCAAGUACUUUAGUCUAUUCGAAGGAGACGUUGUCCUGUAGUAGACAAGGCCGAGUCUGCUUAAAGGAGACGUAGUCCUAUUUAAACCCGGCCUAGUCUGUUCGAAGGAGGCUUAGGGUUAGCAUCAUCGCCAAAAAGACACUGUUUACAAAGUGAUAUAUCAUGCCAAUUACAGCUUCCGCAUUUAGCGUCCCCCCCCCCCAUCAUCAUCGUGUUAAAAAACGUAAGGUCGAGUCUGGCCCAUGUAGGCCUUUAAAAAGGCUACUUGUAAGGAUAGCCUGUUGACCUAAGGCCUAGCUCAAUCCUACUUGUCACAUCGAUAGCCUGCGCCAAUUGUAUUUAUUGACACACAUCAACAAUGUUGAUAUAAAACUCAAGAACAUAUUUGCAGGAUAUCCUAUCACACAAAGACAUGCAGAAUAACUCCAUAUUGAGUUUUAUGUAAUAAUAAUCGAUCGUUGUUUCAGUACGCGUAGGCCUAAAACAGUGGGUCUAAUAUUCAUUUAUUAAAUUAUUAUUAGGAUUAUGAUUAUUAUGAACCUGUUAUUAACGACAGCUUUUCCCAGCAGUCUAAACACGGCCAAAGAUGGUAUUAUAUUUGCAUGCAGGUACUGUAUUAUAUUUCAUUUUCAAUUAAUUAAAUUAACUAUGUAUUUAAAAUGAAUGUAAUGAUUAUAAUUUUUUACGCAUGUUUAAACUUUAUUUCAAUUACAAGUAUAACAUUAUUAUUUCUUCCCAACACUAUAAAAUAAAAUUGGACUGAAUCUGUCAUUAAAAAAUUGUUUUUAUGUAUAUAUAAAAAAAUAACAUCGUUUGGUACAAAGGUUUAUGUCAACUACGCGUUGCUGUGCUGCGCCUUAAAGCCUUCAGUUGUAGGAUGUAUGGGGAACGGAUGUAUAAAUGCAUUUUGGAGUUGUUUUACAAACCGUAUUUACUCUUAAACACCGUUUAAUGUAGAGAUGUCAAAAAUGUUAUACAAACAAUUAACAACAUGUCUGCUAACUAUUAGUACGGUUCCAGAAACACGUGAUGAAUGUGGUAUUUUUCACAAUUCUGGUAUAGAAACACAGAAUUCACAUUUCAUAAUAAAUAUUAUGAAACCGAAGACAAUAGGCUUAUUGUUGUAACACGCUUGGCGUGUAACUAAUCUCAAGACACAGCAUGUGAAUCUGAUUAUCGCCAACGACGAGAGAGAGAGAGAAAGACAGAGAG